AUGACAGCAGACACAAAGACCAUCGUUAAGGACUCGAAGAGCGGGAAGGAGUCUGUCUUUAGCAGAGACACAUUGCGAAAUCACCUGUUGUCCCUGACAAAAGGACUGAACACGGAGUUUGUCAGCAUUGAUGUGAUUCUCGAUAAAGUCGUUAGUGGUCUCCCCGAGAGCCUCACUGUUCAAGAGCUGCUUGAGUUGACAGCUGAAGUGAGUGCCUCCCUGACUACUGUGCACUACGAUCAUUCCUACCUUGCAGCCAGAAUACUGGUUUGUCAUCUGCAGAAGCACGUAUGUGGUAGUUUUUCAGAAAAUGUCAAUAGGAUGAGAAAGUAUCGUCCCUCGCAAUAUCGCCACUUCAAAUCUCUCAUUGCUGCCGAUGUCCAUGAAAUUGUUAACAAACAUGCUGAGGUGCUGAAUAAAGCGAUCGAUUUUGAAAGAGAUUUGGAGCUGGACUACUUUGGCUUCAAAACUAUGGAAAGAUCAUAUUUGCUCAAGAUGGAUGGGAGACCGUGCGAGACUCCUCAGUAUUUGUUUAUGAGAGUGGCCGUGGGAAUACACAAAGGCAAUAUAGAACGUGUCCUUGAAACAUACAGACUUAUGUCCCAAAAAUACUUUAUCCAUGCUUCGCCUACUCUGUUCAACGCAGGUACAGAGACGCCUAAUCUAUCCUCCUGUUUUCUUCUUGCUAUGGAUGGAGAUUCGAUAAAUGGUAUUUUCAGAACGAUUCAUAAGUCUGCCCUCAUUUCGAAAGCAGCCGGUGGAAUUGGAAUACACGUUUCGAACAUACGUGCUGCCGGUUCUUAUAUUUCUGGAACCAAUGGCACAUCCAACGGGCUUGUGCCUAUGGUUCAAGUCUUCAACAGCACAGCAAAGUAUGUGGACCAAGGUGGCAACAAGAGACCUGGUGCUUUUUGCAUGUAUUUGGAGCCGUGGCAUGCGGAUGUGUUUGAGUUCUUAGACUUAAGGAAAAACCAUGGAAAGGAAGAAGCGCGCGCAAGAGAUCUAUUUUAUGCCUUGUGGAUACCAGAUCUGUUCAUGGAGAAAGUCGAGAAGGACCAAGAGUGGUGUCUUUUUUCCGAGGAUCAAUCUCCUGGACUCAGUGACUCGUAUGGAGAUGACUUCGUCAAGCUUUACAACAAAUAUGAGACUGAGGGUCGUUAUAUUCGGAAAGUGAGGGCACAGAAACUGUGGCAUGCGAUACUAGUUGCUCAGACAGAAACAGGGAAUCCUUUCCUGCUAUACAAGGAUGCCUGCAAUAAAAAGUCUAACCAGCAAAAUUUGGGUACCAUCAAGUCGUCCAAUCUCUGUUGUGAGAUUGUUGAAUAUUCAUCCAGUGAAGAGACGGCCGUCUGCAAUUUGGGCUCUUUGGCUCUUCCUUCUUUUGUACAAGAUGGUAAGGGGGAGCGGAAGUUCAAUUUUCAACUCCUCCACGAUGUUUGUAAGACCCUGGCUCAUAAUCUGGAUACUGUGAUUGACGUGGGGUCUUAUCCUUUGCCGGAAGCCGAGACUUCAAACAAAAGGCACAGACCAAUUGCCAUUGGUGUGCAGGGUCUUGCUGAUGUGUUUUUCAAGCUGCGAAUGCCUUUCGGUUCUCCAGAAAGUAGGAAACUGAACAUCCUCAUAUUUGAAACAAUCUACCAUGCAGCUUUAGAAACCUCAGCUGAACUGGCCGAAAUAUAUGGGCCGUACGACUCCUAUGUUGGCUCUCCAGUCUCGAAAGGAGUCUUGCAGUAUGACUUUUGGAACGCGAAACCAAGUGAUAUGUGGGACUGGAAAGAUUUGAAAGCUAAGAUACAUCGGAAUGGUGUGAGAAACUCUUUACUGGUUGCUCUAAUGCCCACCGCCUCUACGUCGCAGAUCUUUGGAUUUACAGAAUGUUUUGAGCCAAUCACCUCAAACAUGUAUUCAAGAAGAGUUUUAUCGGGGGAGUUUCAGGUUGUAAACAGGUACUUGGUCAAUGAUCUUGUGGACCUGGGACUGUGGGGCCCCGAAAUGAAAAAUGAAAUCCUUCGAUUGGAGGGAUCCAUCCAAGCCAUCGAAAACAUUCCUGCAGACAUCAAGGAGAUCUAUAAAACGGUUUGGGAAAUUCAGCAGCGAGCACUUAUAGAUAUGGCUGCAGACCGUGCUCCUUUCGUUGACCAGUCCCAGAGCAUGAACCUAUUCAUGCGGAAUCCAACCAUGUCCAAGCUGACUAGCAUGCACUUCUAUGCAUGGAAGAAAGGGCUGAAAACAGGCAUAUAUUAUUUGCGAACCCAGGCUGCUGCAUCUGCUAUCAAAUUUACUGUCACGCCCUCUGGGUUCAAAAGAAGCAUCUUAGAGCCUACGGAUACGACAAAGAAACGCAAGUCAAAUGGGAAUGAUACCACCGAAGGUUACAACAUUUAUGAUAAGGAUAAUGUUCUUGCUUGCAAGCUUGGAGAUCCAGAGACUUGCGACGUCUGCUCGAGUUAA